UCACAUACUUUUUCUUGCAACUGUAUGCACCAAGUGUGUCUGGAAUUGGUGACAGUAUAGACCCACCUAUUAUUAUUUUUUUUUACCUCUUUAGACACAGCAAAGGUACAGGUAGACUAGUAUGGGAUCAGAUAAGGGGUGAGGGUUUGGUUGUUAAACUGCAAUGGUGCCCAGAACCAAGGGACAUGCGCACCCACUGUGUGGAAUUGGGUACACAGAAAGGGAGACCCUGGCUCAAGUUGGCUUUUUCCUUUUGGCAGUAUGAACCUGCCCAAAAUUUCUUGUUUCUAUAGGCAUAGCAAAGGUUGGGGUAGACUAGUCUGGGAUUCCAGUUGUCCUUUUCUCCUUGAUGGUAUGUCAAGGAGGGGAGAGACUACUGUGGGACUCUUGCCACCCCUUUCAGUGAAACGGGUGAUAGAGGAAGGACAAGUGUUGGAACCUCCUGUCCCCCAAUUUUAUGAACUAUUAAAACUUUCUUGUCUUGCUACGUUGUCCUCUGAUGUAUGACAUAUUCCAGGCUCCUUACGUCUGUCCAUAUGGAGACUUCCUUUUCUUUUGUCAACCUCAGGCACAAAAAACUGAGCACGUCAGCCUGUCCAAGGAAAUCAUAGGGAAAAGCAAACACACAAUUCAGUGACUCACAUCCCCCUAUCUCUCUCCCCUCUCUGAGAUGGAGGUGAUAAACAGUGACAGAGCACAGGUGCCUAUUAACCCUCUCUUCCCAUGACGCACUCGCUGGCUGCAGGGCAAAAUCUGGAAGCUUUAGAAUGAAGUCCCUAUUGGAUGGAGUCUCUGAUCUGGACUGACACAAGAGACAAGCCAGCAGCACUCCAGUCAUACGACGUUACCUCUGAAGGUGUUCACAAGGGUGAUCCCUGUGGUACCAUGAUGGAGUGCAGCCCAUGCAGGUGGCUUAAAGAGAAGAGGGGCUCCAAAGAGGUGGUCCUUGUGGUGGUUUUUGUAGCUCUACUCGUGGAUAAUAUGCUUUUCACAGUGGUUGUUCCCAUCAUUCCAAGUUUCCUCUAUGGGAAAGAACAUACUGGAAACACAUCGGUGAACCUGAUUGCUUCAUCUUCUGUGUCCAGAGCUCCGUUUGACUCCAUUCACUCUUUGUAUGAUAAUGCCACCAUCUUAAGUGACCAAUCAAAUUAUCAAGGGAUUGAUAAUAAAACCCAGGAGGCCCCCAUAAAUUCUAGCUGCAACAUGGAAACGAGUGUCCUGCAACAAGAGAAUGUCCAAGUUGGCCUUCUGUUUGCAUCGAAGGCAAUAGUACAACUUCUAGUCAACCCCAUAGUGGGACUCAUUACCAACAGGAUUGGAUUUGAUAUACCACUGUUCCUUGGAUUUAUCAUCCUGUUCUUGUCUACUUUAAUUUUUGCCUUUGCUAACUCCUAUUGGCUGAUGUUAUUUGCAAGAUCCCUGCAGGGAGUUGGAUCCUCAUUAUCUUCUGUUGCAGGUUUGGGAAUGCUGGCACAAGUAUACCCUGAUGACUAUGAAAGAGGAAGGGCCAUGGGCAUCGCACUAGGAGGCCUGGCAGUGGGUGUGCUCACUGGUGCCCCCUUUGGUUCGGUCAUGUAUGAGUUUGUUGGGAAAGCGUCUCCAUUCUUAGUGCUGGCCGCUCUCGCUCUGCUAGAUGGAGCUCUACAGCUCUGUAUGCUGCGAUUUGCCAAGUUUGUUCCAGGGAGCAUUCCAGCGGCAUCCUACUUAACACUUCUUACAGACCCUUACAUUCUAGUGGCUGCAGGGGUUCUUUGCCUUGCUAAUACAGCUAUUGGAGUUAUGGAACCCACCCUGCCCAUAUGGAUGAUGGAAACUAUGUGCUCACCCAACUGGCAAUUAGGAUUGGCUUUCCUACCUGCCAGUAUUUCAUACCUCCUAUGUACCAACCUGUUUGGCAUUCUGUCAUACAAGAUGGGGAGGUGGCUGUGUGCAUUUCUCGGCAUGAUAAUCACAGGAAUUGGUCUCUUAUUGGUUCCACUAGCUUCCAAUAUAUAUGGUCUUAUCGGUCCUAACGCUGCCAUUGGCAUUGCCCUUGGAAUGGUUGAUUCAUCAGUCAUGCCUAUCAUGGGACAAUUGGUAGAUCUACGUCAUACCUCUGUGUACGGUGGGAUAUAUGCCAUUUCGGACAUUGCUCUAUGCAUGGGAUUUGCAUUGGGGCCUUCAUGUGGUGGCGCUAUUGCAGAAGCCAUUGGAUUCCCCUGGUUAAUGAGGAUCACUGGAUUACUGAAUCUUAUCUUUGCUCCUUUUUGUCUCUUUCUUAGAAAUCCACCAGCCAGAGAAGAGAAAAUGGCCAUCCUAAGCCAAGAAUGUCCUAUGGAAACCAAAACCUAUAUGGCCCAGUGCAACAAUCGAGAUCUACCGUUCUCUGACCACAGCAGUGAUGAAGACAUCAGCACCCCCCGUAACAGGACCAUGAGGAUUCCUCGUUGAUAUAUGUCCUAUACAGAAUCCUUCAGACUGUAACUCGGCGUUGAUUUCUCAGAUCCUGGGACUGCAUCAGCCAAGGAGAACUUUACACCCAGACCAUAAAAAAGGGGUUGUUCAGGAUUACAAUAUAUUGGUGCUUUCUUUCAGAAACAUCGCCACAUGGGUGGUCAUGGUUUCUAUCUGGUACUGCAACUAAUCUCCAUUAAAGUGACACACACAAAAUGUGAACUGUUUUUGGAAGAAAGCAGCCAUGUUUUACCUGGGCAAACCCUUUAGGUCUUAAAAGGUGCAUAUGUAGCACAUUUGGAGAAGAACAAUUCAUAUGGAAUUGGAUGUAUACAGAGGUACGGUAGGGACAAUAUGGUACAGAGUUGCCUUGGAGGUUAUAAAGAACCAAAAUAUAUCAUAAUACCAUAAUCUAUCAAAAUUCAACACCACCUGUAAUAUUACGAGGAUUUUUUUUUGUUGUUGCUGUUAUUUAUUAAAAUCAACACAGUUUAAAUGCACAAGUGCUACUGCCUAAGGUCAGAUUAGGGCCACCUGACUCGGUCCUUACACCAUAUGAAAAAUCAAUAGUAAUAUCCUGAAGUACUCGUGUGUGCACCGUCUACAAUUGCCCAAAGAUCGAUGUCUCCUGCUAGUAAUACUCCAGCACUACAACUUAGUAAUGCACUAUGUAACCCACACAGGAUGUAUAUGAAGCUGCCUAUCGUGGCCCGUUUUCUGAAAUUGUGGUCCAUAUGUGUGCUACUUGCAGGUAUGAUCACCUUUGCAUGCAGAUGUUAAAUCAAGCCAACAGGG